AUGCAAGAGGAGCCAAAACGAGCUGGAACCAAGCGGAAAAUGAGCAGCAGCAGCAGCAGCAGCAGCAGUGAUGUUGGCGAAGGCGAACGAUCGGCUGCCGGCGGCGGCGAGAAGACGCCUGUACCCAAGAAAAAAUCAAGCCACACGAACCCGGGCGGCGGCUUCUUCGGGAACCUGCUGAAGCCGAAGAAGACGUCGGCCAACCGGAAGGGCAAAUCGCCGAAGAACAAGCGCUCGAAGGCGUCGCGCGAGCAGGGGCCGUCGCGAGAGGGCGGCGCAUCCAGGGAACAGGGCCCUUCACGCGAGCAGGCCGUCCCGAAGGAGAAGGAGAAGAAGGAGCCGGUGAGUGCCGUUGCGAAGACUGCGGCACCCAACCCUACGCCAUCCAGGGUCUUAAACUCGCCUGCUGUGUACUCAAGGGUUCUUCGUCUCGCUGUUCCGUUGCAC